AUGGCUGAUCUCUUGAGCUCAUUGCCUGAUGAGCUUAUUUAUCACAUAUUCUCAUUCGUGCCGAUUAAAGAACUAGUUCGCACCUGCGUUCUCUCCAAACGAUGGCAGCACAUUUGGGCGUCUACCCCAUACCUCAACUUCGAGAAUAUUCGUUAUAACAACGAAGUCUCUGCUUCUUUUAUUAAUAGAUUCUUAUCACUCUAUUCCUCGGAGACGAUAGAAAAGUUCUCUCUCCGUAAUAUUACUUGGUUCAAGCGGGACGAUUUCAAGAUGGACGAAUCCGCCACAUAUAUGCCCUGGCUCCAGUUUGCUGUUGACUGUGGCGUCAAAGAUCUGUCAGUCUGUGCUUGUGAAUGUCAGUUACCUCUACUCGUCCAUUCGUGCUCUUCAAUCGUAAAAUUGGAGCUGUAUAGUCUCAUAAUUGGACCGAUAGGAAGCAUCAGUUGGCCUUUACUUAAAUCCUUGACCAUCAAUUGUCCCGUCUCAUGGUUGAGCGAUGAUGACAUCAGGAAAAUCCUUAUAGGGAGUCCCAAGCUUGAAUUCUUGAAACUGAGGAGCUGUAAGUUUAUUAAUGACAUCGAAGUGAAAUCAUCGAGUGUGAGGGAGUUGGUGAUCGAUGGUUUCACUAGUGCCAAAGAUUGCAUGCAUCCGCCUCUGGAAAUUUAUACCCCAAAACUGCGUGUGCUACGGAUUUUAGGGCACGUGUUGAUGGAUGUGAGAUUAACAAAUGUGUCAUCCGUGGUAGAAGCUGAGAUUAAUUUCUGUCAUGCCGAGAACACUACUAUGACUUCAGAAGGUAAGCAUCCAUUUAAUACAAAUAUGUUGAAGCAAUUGCAUGGCGCUACCAAAUUUACUAUUGGGGAUGACUGGCUCAAGGCUUUGUCAAGUGAGAAGGAGGAAAGAACCGAGUUUCCUGUACUCAAAUGGAAUGUUCUAAUAGUGGAGACGGACUUUGAACGUCGCAGCUCCCCGACAUUGGCAGAACUGUUAGAAUGCACCAGACAUUUGGAGAAGUUGAUCAUAAGGAUAUCCGGCUACACAUAUGGGUACGACACAGAAGAUCCAUUUUGGAGUACCCAAAAAAGCAUCUUCAGUCAUUUAGAAAAAUGCCUCAAGAGUGUUCAUAUAAUUGGUCUAAAUCCAGACUACGAUAGAUGGGAUGCCGUAUUCAAUAUGGCUGCGAAUUUCGGUUCAAAGAUACGGAUACAUUGGGACCAAGUGGUCGCCAAAUGGAUAGACAGAAUAUCAUCUAUACAACGGUUACGAGAUCUACCAUGUGAAUACUCUCGACCUGUUGAGUAA